ACCGCUCGUGCACAUGUGUAAACAAGGAGCUGGAUAGUUUCUUCUAGAAGAGGUAACGUCAUUACAGUUGACGUGCUGGUGGCAGUAAUGUAAUUUCCCAGUUUACAGAUUAAUAAACAACAAAACAGGCUUCACUCAUUGAUCCAAAGAUGGCGUUCCCGCAGGUGCAAGAUGACAGCGACGAUGGCAUGGACGAGUUCAUGGACAAAUUCAAGACAAACUCAUAUAAAAAUGCCUUUAGCGAAAACAACUGGGAGGAGGAGUUUGAUAAAAUACCUAUGUUCAUGAAAAAAGCCCCUGAUGUGAUUGACCCACACACACACCCAGAACUGGCCUCUCUGCAGGCCAUUCUCCAUGAUGAAGAUAGAUCCCCGGAAGAGCAAGCAACGAGCCUGAAAGAUGAGGGAAAUGAGUUUUUCAAGGAGAAGAAUUACCAGAAGGCCAUACUAACCUACACAGAAGGUUUGAAGAAGAAAUGUGGAGACCAGGAGCUCAACACUGUCUUGCUCACAAACCGAGCGGCAGCACACUUCCACCUGGGUAACAUGCGCUCUGCGUUGAACGAUGCUGCAGCUGCAAAGAAGAUCAAACCAGACCACCUUAAAGCCUUGAUCCGAGGUGCUCAGAGUUGUAUAGAGCUGCGUAACUUUACAGAGGCCGUUCAGUGGUGUGAUGAGGGGCUCAAGGUCCAUCCCACUGACAAGAAGCUGCAGGAGCUGAGAGCAGCAGCAGAUAAACGCAAGAGAGCAGCAGAGAGGGAUGCCAGGAAGGCCAAGAUCAAAGAAAAAAAGGAGCAUGGUGAGAAAGAAGCUCUUCUGGCUGCUAUAAAGGAUAGAGGCAUCAAGCUCCUCCAGUCCAAGAAGCCUCGUCAUCAUCGAUCAGACAGCGAUGAUGAAGGCUCCUCAGCAGCGAUAUCACAGAUGAGCCUGGACUGCCUCAGCUCUCAGGAAGCCACGGGGGCUCAGGUCUUCCUGGACGAGCAGCACUUUCUGCAGUGGCCUGUUCUCUUCCUCUAUCCUGAACACCAGCAGACUGAUUUCAUCUCUGCUUUCAGCGAGAACGACUGUUUCAUAAACCACUUGGCGGUCAUGUUUGGAGAAGAACUCCCUCCUUGGGACGCAGACAGAAAAUACCAUCCACAGAAUUUGCAGCUGUACUUUGAAGAUGAGGUCAAGGAGACACUUUACACUUUUAAGUAAACCCAGAGACGUCACUUUUAAAGUGUUGCAGCAUAAAAGCAGGAGCAGGAGCCACCAUGACUGGAGCAGAAGCCACCAUCUGGAGCAGGAGCCACCAUCUCUGGAGCAGGAGCCACCAUCACUGGAGCAGGAGCCAUCAUCACUGGAGCAGGAGCCACCACCACUGGAGCAGGAGCCACCAUCACUGGAGCAGGCUGCAUUUGAAUAAUGCCUGGAUUUUGCAUGACGAUGACAGUGGGAGCUUUUUGCUGAUGUUUUAACUCACGAUGCAUCUGACACCAGGAGCACCACAGACAGAAACAUGAAACUGCGAUGUCCUUACAGAUAGAACCCUGCAGAAAACCAAAGAAAAUGUUAACUAUUAUGAAAUUUGUCAUGUACAAUACAUUAUACAUUGGCUUUA